AUGUCUUCAAGUGAAUAUUCCUCAGAGUCCGCCAGUGACUCAGAUUCAGGAUCUUCCACCUCCGAUAGCAAUUCUGAUCUUCUUGCCAGACCAGUAUUUCUCAAGAAGUCGUCCACCAAGACUGAACGUAAACCUUUAGCAACGUCAAAUGUGGCUCUAGCCAGAGCAGAGCACCACCAAAAUAUCGACGCCAAAGAGGUGGCAAAGCAGGAUUUCGACGGUGUUGACGACACGGACAACAUUGAUCCGGAAAAAGAAUAUAAUCUGUGGAAACUACGGGAAAAGGACAGAAAACUCCGAGAUCAUAAGAAGUUAGAAGAUAUCGAGAACGAGAAAGAAGAUGCACUUCGGCGACAGAUGAACAGAGAUGAAGGAGCCUCUUAUGAAGUUGAAAAGGUCCAAGCGGAGACUUCCAAAACCAAAAAAGCAUAUUUGGGAAGUUUUUACUCUUCGUCCAUUGAGGUGAACAUCCUCAAAAGAGACUAUAGGGACAUUGAGGAUCUGGGAGACCACAGCAGGCCCACCAAGUACAAACGGUGA